AGUUCAAUCGAAUAUUUUGACCAAUUCUCAUAGGAGUACCAACCAUUCCCGACCGCUCCAGUGCAUUGCAAAAAUGGCGGCAGCGGUCAAAGGAGCCAAGUUCGGCACGUCGUGGUCGGCGAAGGAGGACAAGAAGCUGAGAAAGGCUGUGUUGGAACAAGGAAAGGGACACAAGGCAAACUGGAAGCUGGUGGCGGCACACGUGCCUGGGCGCACCCCCGGUGCGUGCCAAGGGCGAUGGAACACAGUGCUCGAUCCUUCGGUCGAUCGAUCACCAUGGACACCCGAGCUGGAUGCACAGCUCUUGCAACUGUAUAAGGAUCCUGUCUACAACUCGUGGAGCAAACGGGCAGCCAAGCUCGCGGAAGGAAAGGUGGGCCCGAACGGCGAAGUGAUGCGGCGAAGUGGAGCCGACACGUGCGAUCGGUACUUCAAGAUCACCAAGGCGAAGAAGGGUGACAAGGUCACGAGUGACGCAGAGGUAAAGUGGACGGACGAGACGGAAGACAUCCUGGAGACGCCGCCAACGAUUGGGCUGCCCGUGACACCUGCCGUGGUCACAACUCGCAACCAGAGGAACCGCAUCCGCCGGAACGAGCGCCGAAAACAAUUCGUCGCGGCCAAAGCCAACGCUGCAGAGUCCACCAGUAACGCCGACGAUGAAGAGAGUGCGCCUCCGGCCAAGGGGGGAAAGAAGCCUGCGAAGAAACCCACCACCGGGAAGCGGAAAGCACCGGUGGCAGCCAAACGUGCGUCGUCGACGCCAUUCAAAAAGCAAAGGCAGUAAAGCGUGCGUCAACAUAGCAAUGAUAUCGUUAUCAUUUGAGCAACCCGAACGCCAACGCCUCGACCAAAGUGUCCACUUGCCUAAUGUUGACAAGAGAUCGGUACUUAUCAACAACCUUCUUCCCUUCCGCGCAUGUCACUCUGGGAAUGACACAAGUCUCGACCCCGAUUUUGCUGGCGGCUGCGAGCCGAGGCUCGAGCAUCACGGCCGGACGAAGCAUGCCGGAGAGAGCGAGUUCGCCAAAGAAGACAGCGUUUGGGACCACUGGGCGCUUGGUGGCCGAGCUG